AUGUCGCAACUCAACCCUCUCAACCUCAUUCCCACCAAGACGACCGACACAGGCAUCAUCCUGGAGGUCGAGACGUCUACGUUGCAGGAGCUUGGCCUGUUGGCGGUGAGUGCGGUCCCGCUGGUGAUCACGUUCUUGCUCCAGUUCUCGCUCACAGUUGCGUCUGUUUUCAGCGUGGGCAACCUCGGCUCGCAAGAAUUGGCUGCCGUGUCGCUGUCGAACCUGCUCUGCAACGUCUCUGCAUACGCUAUAAUCCAGGGAAUCGCGUCGUCGCUGUCGACACUGUGUCCGCAGGCGUACGGCAGAAAAGACUACAGGGCCGUGGGCAUGCAUAGCCUGCGGUGUCUGGUGCUGCUGCUGCUGCUGUACGUGCCGAUGUACGGGUUUCUGCAUUGGGGAUCACGCCCGCUGCUGCUGAAAAUCAUCCAGGACGAGCGGCUGAGCGACCUCGCGUCGUCGUACCUGAAACGGCUGCUGUACGGCGUGCCUGGCUACAUUGUCUUCGAGGUGUUGAAACAGUAUCUCCAAGCGCAGGGUAUUUUCCAUGCGUCGACGCUUGUGCUUGUGCUGUGCGCGCCGCUCAACAUCUUUCUAAACUACCAGCUGGUUUGGAAUGAGACGUACGGUAUCGGGUUUCUGGGGGCCCCCACCGCCGUCGUGAUCACCAACUGGUGCAUGGCAUCGAUGCUCUUCUGCUACGCGGCGUUUGUCAACGGCUACCAGUGCUGGUGCGGCUUUUCGCGCGACGUGUUCCGCAACUGGAGCCGUACUUUGCAACUCGCAGGCCCCGGCGUGAUCAUGAUCGAGGCCGAGUGGCUCGCGUUCGAGAUCAUCACCUUUGCAUCUUCCAAGUUCGGCACUGCCGCUCUAGCGUCGCAGUCCAUCAUGACCACCACUGGCUCGACCAUCUACCAGAUCCCGCUUGCGAUAUCCGUGGCCGCGUCGACCAGAGUGGCCUGGUUCAUCGGGUCGGCUUCCAAGGACGCCGCCGUUAAGUCUGCGCACGCGGCCACGUGGAUGUCUGUGCUCUUUGGCGCGGUCAACGCCAUCGUGCUCGUGCGCUACCGCAAACUAGUGGUUUCGUGCUUUUCGAGCGACCCCGAGGUCGUCGAGCUUGCCAGCAAGGUCCUAAUCAUCGGGGCCGCCUACCAGGUGAAUGACGCCAUUGCCUGUGUCAGCGGCGGCGUCCUGCGUGGCCAGGGCCGCCAGUACAUUAGUGGCUGGCUCAACCUCGUGAGCUACUAUGUUUUUGCUCUGCCGAUCGCGUUUGCUUGCGGGUUCCACCUGCAUCUGGGACUCAUUGGCCUCUGGAUCGGCAUGAUGUGUGCGCUAUGCUUUGUGUCGCUUGCAGAGUGCUACUACGUGCUCACCACCGACUGGGACACUCUCAUCAAGAGGUCCAUCGAGGAGGGCAUGAAAGAGCAGUCCAGCUUCCAGGAGGCGCUGCUCGAUCAGGCUAGUUUCCAGGAGAUCAUGAUCCCCGGCAGCGCGAGCCUGCGGCCUGUGCGGAGCCACGCCCUACUUCCUAUCCCAGUCUGA